AUUUCCCUAGUUUAUGAUUUUAACUAACAUUCUUUUUGUUUUUUAAAAAAAAGCAUAUGAAAAAACAUAUAAAGUGGUUAAUAUUAAACUAGAAGAUAUUACAAAACUUUAUAAAGCAAGAUACUAAAGUAAAAUAACAUGAUAGUGCCUGUAGCAAAUAAAAUAGAACAUAGACUUGUGGUAAAUAGCGAGGAAAUAGUUGACGAAUACGCUUGGCUCAGAGAUCCAGAAUGGCCAAAUGUUAAAGAUCCAAAAAUUAUUGAGUAUUUGCAGGUGGAAAAUAAAUAUACAGAUCAUUAUUUUGAGCCUUUGCAAAGCAAAAAGGACGAAAUAUUUAACGAGCUAAAAAGUAGGAUUAAACUAGCUGAUCAAUCACCUUACACUAAAGAAGAUAACUUUUAUUACUAUUCGAGAACAGAAGAAGAUAAGGAUUAUCCAAUAUAUUGCAGAAAAGCUUUUUCAGUAUCAGAUCCUGAGGAGAUUAUUUUAGAUGUUAACGUUCUUGCAAAAGAUAAAAAGUUUACUAAUGUUGGAUACUUAGCUACAUCUCCUGAUCAUACAUUGCUGGCAUAUUCUGUUGACUUUACAGGUGAUGAAAAAUUUACUCUAAAGAUAUAUAAUUUAAAAACUCAAGAAUAUUUAGCCGAUGAAAUAAAUAACAUUGGCAGUAAAAUUAUUUGGCAUGAAACUCUUGGAGGCCUUUUUUAUAUGCCACUUAAUGAACAACUUCGUCAAGAUAAAGUAAUGUUUCAUUUUUUAGGAGUUGAUAAUUUAAAUGAUAAAUUAAUAUUUCAGAUUUCUGAUCCAUUAUAUCAGCUUGUAACUUCCAAAUCAUCAAGCAAAAAAUAUAUAUUUAUUGAAAAAAAUGGUCAUAGUGCUAAUGAGAUUCAUGCUAUCAGAAUGAAUGAUGAUACUUUUCAACCAAAACUCAUCAAACCAUUAAAAGAAAAUAUAUUUUAUGAUGUUAAGCAUAAUGGCAAUAACUUCUAUAUUAAGACAAAUGAAAAUGCUAAAAAUUUUCAAAUAGUUAUUGUGGAUGAAAAUGAUUUUGAAAAUGAUUUAUGGAACAAUGAGUUCAUUGCUCAUGACCCUUCUAAAUAUCUUUCAAGCUUUUCUCUUACUAAAAACUAUUUAUUACUUAAUUACCGUGAUAAAGGUAUUCCAUUAAUUAAGGUGACCAGUUUACAAGAUAAAUCAGAAAAAGUUAUUAAUUUUCCAGAUCCAUCUUUUACUGCUUUUGCCAAAUCAACCAACUUUGAAGAAGAUGAUAUUAGAAUAGACUACUCUUCACUUGCUAGACCAAAUACUACUUAUAGCUAUGAUUUUACUAAUGAUAAGUUAACUAUAUUAAAAGUUCAAGAAAUCCCAAGUGGUUUUGAUGCUGAAGAAUAUAAGGUAGAAAGAAUAUUUGCUGAUAGUGAAGAAGUGAAAAUACCUGUCACCUUAUUAUAUAAAAAAUCAUUAUUUAAAAAAGAUGGGACUAAUCCUGUUUAUUUAUAUGGUUAUGGUUCCUAUGGUUAUGCUGUUCCAGUAUCAUUUAAAAACAACGCAAUAUCUUUAGUAAACCGGGGAUUUGUUUAUGUUAUUGCCCAUAUCAGAGGUGGUGAUGAUUUGGGGUUUUAUUGGUAUGAAUCAGCUAAAUUUCUCAAUAAAAAACGCACAUUUUUAGACUUUAUUGCUGCAUCUGAGGCUCUUAUUAGAGAAAAUUAUACAAGUGAAAAUAAUAUAGUAAUAUGUGGUGGUAGUGCUGGAGGGUUGUUGAUUGGGGCAGUUAUUAAUGAACGACCUGAAUUGUUUAAAGCAGCAAUUGCUCAUGUGCCUUUUGUUGACGUAUUAAAUACAAUGUUAGAUGAAAGCUUACCUUUAACUCCAGGAGAAUUUAAAGAAUGGGGAAAUCCUAAGGAGCCAGAGUUUUUUAGCUAUAUUAAAUCAUAUUCACCAUACGACAAUGUAAAGUCUCAAAAUUAUCCAAGUUUAUAUGUUACAGCAGGUCUUUCUGAUCCAAGGGUAAGUUACUGGGAAGCAGCCAAAUGGGUAGCAAAACUUCGAGAGAAAAAAAGUGAUAGCAACAUUUUGCUGUUAAAAACUAAUAUGGAUUCUGGACAUUAUGGAGCUUCCGGACGAUUUGAUUAUUUAAAGGAAGCAGCUGAUGAUAUAGUGUUUAUAAUCAGUGUUUUUGGCAUUUAAAAUUUUUAAAUUACAACAUAUAUUGUCUCUUUAGAACUGCAAGGUCAUAAUGACAUUUUUAUUAAAAUGUGACUAUUAGCAAAACUUAAUAAUCUAGCAUGUAUACUUGAGUUUAAAAUUCUUGCAUGCUAAUAUUUUGCUAAAUUUUGGCUAUAAAAAUACAUGCUAGAUUAUUAACUUUUAUUAAUAAUAUACUUUUACUAAAAAUGUUAUUUACCAACUUAGAGUUGUAAAGGGACAAUAUAUAA